GUUUUUUCUUGUUCGUAUAUAAUGUCCAAGGCCUUUUUGUCUUCUUCCUUGUUUCUAACAAAUUUCAGGAGCUCAAGCCUCUGAAUUCGAUUGACCUCACAAACCCGAUUUUUUCCCGAGAAAAUCGAAAAUCAAAGACAAACUUCGAACACAUUUAGAAUUACCCAUAAGCUACAGAUUCUGAGAUUUCACCGUCUCUUUUGAAGAAUGGAGGUGAAAGUAGCCACAACCACGUCUUUUCAUUGGUCAGGACGCCAUGCGGCGAUUCCUCAAUGUCCGUCUUUCUCGCAAACCCUAACCUCCUCAAAACGGCGUCGUUCUCGUGUAAGAGGCGGAGAUGUAACCGUCGGAGGAGGAUCUUUAGCAUGCCAUACGAGAUUGAAACCUUCGGCUUUUCUCGGAACGCAAUCUGGGAAACUCCACCGAUCCAAAUCAUGUGAGCUUUGGGAAUUUAGCAAUGCUACCACGAAGAAGAGCAGAGCGGGCGCGCAGAAACAUUACUCUUUAAGGAGAGUUUGCAGUGCGAGCUCCGGUUUCUUCUCCGACGAAGAUUUCUCCGAGAAGAUGCAAGAAUUAGCACUACAAUUCAAGAUUGCAGGCGAAGAAGAAGACCUAGAGAGAAACAAAGGAAACAAGUACCAAUCAGAGACAAUCCACGAAGCAGUAGAUAACGAUCACAGGAAUCACAGAUUCGGCUCGGUGAAGCUACUUCAGGAGUCUGUUCCAGGUUUAGCUUCGCUGGAGGCUCCAUGGAUGGAGAUGGUUAACCAUUCAAGCAUUGAGCGGAAAGCAAACAGUGUCGAUUUGCCUCUCUCACUUAGGAUAAUCAAGAGGAAGCUACAUGAACAGGCGCUCAAAGAAGCUAGUGAAUCUACUUAUUGCUCUAUCAACAGAGCCUUCUCUUAUAUGGUCUUCAUGCUCGAGGAGCUCCAUAGUUUUGCGCUGCAGACUAGGGAGACCAUCUUCUACGAAGACCUACAAGGUGUUCUUAAGCAGGUUAAGAAAGAUAUGCACGCUUCAUUGUUGUGGAUUUUCCAACGCGUGUUCUCUCAGACGCCUACUUUGAUGGUGUACGUGAUGAUCCUAUUAGCAAACUUCACUGUGCAUUCAGUUGCAUCGAAUCUAGCUAUUGCGGCAUCUCCACCACUCUCUGAUGUGCCAAUAGAGGCAUCUCCGGUUACUAAAGGGCAAGAUCAGACGCAUCAAAGGUCUGGUUUUUCUUCGCCAAAAUGGUUUGGACCGACCACUUUUGACAAGGUCUCACAGUUAACGACACAACGACGAGGCUCAGUAUCAGAAGAAGGGAUAAGAGAAGAGGAGCUGAGUCUGUGGAAUUCGAUGUUGGAAGAAGCAGAUCAAAUGCAGGAUUCACCUGUGGAUCGUGACAUGAGACUGAGACUUGUUUCACCGAUCACUGCAAGGAUUGAACUGGAUGAUUAUGCCAAUUACACUAGAACAGGGCUUUUAUAUAAGAUAGGUUUGGCUCAAGAACCGAACAACCCUCUUCUCGUAGCUAACUACGCUCAGUUCCUUUACCUCGUCAGCCAAGACUAUGACAGAGCGGAGAAGUGCUUCAAGAAAGCCAUAGAGGCGGAAGAAGUAGAUGCGGAAACAUACAGCAAAUACGCCGUUUUCCAGUGGAAAGUUCGGAAAGAUCUGUGGGCAGCUGAGGAGAACUUUCUAGAAGCUAUAUCUGCAGACCCUACAAACUCCUUCUACGCGGCAAACUACGCCAACUUCCUCUGGCAAACCGGUGGUGAAGAAACGUGUUUCCCUUUGGAAUCUUCUGAUUCUCCUCAGGGAAUCGCUUGAGGCGACGGAAGAAGCCAAGAUAUAAUGGCAGUUGAGAUGAUGGGGUUUGUUAGCAGCAGACUCUGGAUUAAAGAGACGGAGACAGAAGUUAGGUAGAAGACAGAAGCAGGAGAAAAAUUGUAAGUAGUGUUUUUGAGAGAAUAAAAUGCUGGCCGAUGAAACAUUGCCCCUCUCUGCUUCUGUUUUUUUUCUUUUUCUUCUUCUUUGCUUUUGCAUUUUUUUUUAUCACUUAGUAGUCAAUACGGUCGCAGAUUCAAGUUCAAUCAUUGGUCCCAAUAAGAACAUUUGUAGAUCCAAACCCUAAUAAUCUUUGAGCAAGCAUUGCUUAUUGGUAAAAUACUAUCAAGUGAGCAAAUUUCUACAAAACUUUUAUGGAACUAGUCUUGUAAAUUUUAUAUUUUAACGAGACUGUAAUGAAUAUCAAAGUCGAACCCCAGGAUCUUGGUAAUGCCGCCACUUCUGUAUUGUGAGCACGACUGCCAUCAACUCACGCUCGUACACGGACUUAAACCUCUGCCUUUCCGAGAGUCCUUGGCUGAAGUAGGCGAGGGGCCUUUGGUUUUGCAUCAGUACAGCCCCAAGCCCUAUACCCGAGGCAUCCGACUCCACCACGAAUAGCUCAUUGAAGUCCGGAAGUGCCAACACAGGAACCGUGGUCAUUGCUUUCUUGAGCUGCGAAAAGGAUUCAGUUACGUCUUGGUUCCAUUUAUAUUGAUCCUUCCUCAGCAGCAGGGUCAACGGUUUAGCAAUGUCUCCAUAUCCCUUCACAAAUUUCCGGUAAUAUCCUGUCAGCCCGAGAAACCCACGGAGCUCCUUCACAUUUCGGGGCUGUGGCCAAUCCACCAUUGCUUUAAUCUUCUCAUCAUCGGCAGCCACUCCCUCAGCGGAUAUGACGUGACCCAGGUAUUCAAUCUUUUCACUCCCGAACUGGCAUUUCUUCCUGUUAGCAUAAAGUUUCUGCUCAUCCAGAACCUUCAACACCAAUCGCAAGUGCUCUUGGUGUUCUUCCCCGGAUCGACUAUACACGAGUAUGUCGUCGAAAAAAACCAACACGAACCGGCGUAAGAAGGGUCGGAAGAUGUCAUUCAUCAGCGCCUGAAAUGUCGCGGGUGCAUUCGAGAGCCCGAAGGGCAUCACCAGGAACUCAUAAUGUCCAUCAUGAGUCCUGAAAGCGGUCUUCGGCACAUCCUCUGCCUUCACCAAGAUCUGAUGAUACCCUGCACGCAGGUCCAUCUUAGAGAAGACCUUGGAUCCGUGUAACUCGUCGAGCAACUGGUCGAUCAUGGGUAUUGGGUAGCUAUGAGGGAUCGUGGACUUGUUUAAGGCCCUAUAAUCCACGCAGAAACGCCAACUUCCGUCUUUCUUCUUCACCAGUAGAACAGGGCUCGAAUAUGGGCUGCCGCUUUCUUGGAUGAUUCCUGCUGUGAGCAUCGCUUUCACUUGCUUCUCGAUCUCCUCCUUCUGGAUUUGAGGGUAGCGAAACGGUCGUACACUCACCGGGUCGGCUCCUGUGGCAAGCACGAUACUGUGCUCCCUACCACGGGACGGGGGUAAGCCUUGAGGCUCCGCGAAGACUCCUUGAUACUCGUCGAGCACUGCAUCUAACACCGCCGAAACCUUGAUUGGUGCCUCCGUAGCUGCCUGAAGACCACAAAACUCCACCACCAUUCCUUCCCCUUGCCUCUCCCAAGAUUUCCAGAGGGCCUUGAGCGCCACAACGGAACUGCAUAUGCUCGGGUCUCCCUGCAAUUUAAUGGUCUUCCCCCCUUCCUGAAAACUCAUUGUCUGAAGCUUCCAGUUGUUUUUUGUAUCCCCGAGAGUCUCUAACCACUGAACCCCUAGUAUCACGUCUGCGCCCCCCAAUCCCAGUGGAAAGAAAUUCGUGACCACCUGAUACCCUUGCAUUUCAAGCUCAACGUUCAUGCAAAGACCCGCUCCCUUCACCGUAAUCCCUGUGCCGGUAAGGAUGCCAUACCUCCCGGUCAUCUCUGUUGGUAUUUCCAACUGCUUAACCACGGAGUCGCUCAGGAAAUUGUGCGAAGCCCCACUGUCUAUCAACACCACGACGGACAGCCCUUGAAUGGUCCCCAUCAGCUUAAUGGUCCUUGGGGAUGAGAUUCCGGCCAUGGAGUUGAGGGAAAGCUCCGCGAGCUCCGUCACCAGCUCGGCUUCCUCCCCUUUGUGGCCGUCGUAGUCGUCGACCCACUCCUCUUCUCUUCCAUCGUCGUAAACCACCAUAACACGCAGCUCUGCCUGAGCACACCGAUGAUUAUACCCAUAUUUCUCAUCGCACCUGAAGCACAGCCCCUUAGCUCUCCGCUCCGCCAUCUCCGCCGGUGUCAAUCGUCGGGACGGUGGCUUCAGGCGAUCGUGCCCUUUUAGGUUAUUGCUCCCGAUCCCUUUUGGGGGCGAUGAUUUUGUGAUAUUCUGAUUGUUGGGCCUGGGCUUAUAACUUGGCCCAUGACUCGUUUUCUGUCCCCCUCUGUUUACCAUCGGUCCGCCUCGUUCCCCUGUGGGCCACAGCUCCUCUCCUCCGCCGCCUGAGCUCAGUGACGGUCUGGGUUUCCCGUGUUCCUCCCAAUCCUCCACCAUCUGAGCCAAACUCAUCAUCGUGUCCAAGUUAUGGGGUCGGAGCAUUCGCACGUGCAAUCGGAUAUUAGAGUCGAGCCCAUUCAUAAACGCCAUCUCGAGAACCUGUUCCGAUAGCUCCGGAGCGUUACCAAGGCGAUGAACUCUCGACAGUACUCACGGACGGUCCUUUCUUGUCUCAUUUUCAGAAGGCGCGCUCCUGCGGAAGAAUCGUGCGCCUUCGAGUGGUGACUCAGCACCCUUACUUUUAUCUGCUCCCAGCUUUGGAAGGGCUCGCGUUCUCUUGCCCAUCGAUACCACGACAGAGCUUCUUCCACAAAACUCAUCCUUACAGCUUUCAGCUUUUCUGACUCGGUGAAGUCACUGAGCUCGAAAUACUGCUCCACUCGAAGGAUCCAAGCCUCGGCGUUGCUUCCGUCGAACUCUGGAAUCGCCAUCUUUUUGGUCAACGAGUCGUCUCUCAUGGUCAGCGCUUCUCUGUUUUGACUGAUCGGCAUCCCCGUUUCUACCGGAACCACUCGUUCUUCGCCUGAUCGUGGCUCGCUCGACGAGGCGCUCAACGGGUUCGGGCUUUCCUCUGAAGUUUUCGUCUCUUUCCCUUUUCCGCGGUCCAUUGACUCGAUCUUCCGCUGGAGGUGAUCGAUCUGCGCGGGAAGCUUCACGAGCUCUUCCAUCGCCGUCACCUUUGCUUCUAACACGUUCACCUUCUCGAGAGUCGCCGUCAUCACCUGGAGUUGAUCGAAUAGCUUCUCCAUGUCCGUACGUUCGUCGGUUUUCUGAACACGCGGAGGCAUGUUUCCCGGCGAUCGACUCGCUCUGAUACCAAAUUUGUUACGUGUAGUGUUCGAACGAGAUGUAAACACGGAUUAAUAACAAGUACUAUUAUUGGAAUCGAUCCGGAAACGUUUUACAAGAACAGAGAAUCAAAAGGAACCUCUCUCUCUUCUCUUCUCUCACCCCUCCCAAUUGAUCAAC